CGAAGCCGGCUCCGGGGCGCGCCGCCCGGUGAGGUGACGGGACGCGGGAGGCGCCCUCUCGCCCCCACAGCAGCAUGUACCGCCCGAGCCGGGGGGCCGCCCGGCGCCUCGGGCCCUGCCUGCGCGCCUACCAGGCGCGACCCCAGGACCAGCUUUCUCCUCGGACUCUGCCAUUCCCACCCCUCUGGCCCCACUCCACUCAACCCACUUCUCCAUCGCUUCCUCCUCUCUGGUCACUCCUCCCAUCCCCCCAGCCUCCCCAGGCUCCUCCACCACCUCUCCCUCAGGCCCAGGCUCUCAACUCACUGUGCAAUGUGGUUCUUCCUCUGGGGAAGAGGGAGGAGGGGCCAGGGCCUGAGCUGCACAGUGGCUGUCUGGAUGGGCUCAGGAGCCUUUUUGAGGGGCCUCCUUGCCCCUGUCCUGGGCCUUUGAUACCUUUCCAAGCCCCUGGGACUUCCUGUCCUUCCCCCGCCAGCCCGUCAGGAGACGACAGCAUGCAGGAACACCUGGCUGUCAUGUAUGAGAAACUGAGGCAAGAGCUCCCCACCCUCUUCCUAGGCUCCCAUGACUACACUCUGUACUCGAUGGAUGUGGAAUUCGUCAAUAACAUCCUGAACAUUCGUACCAAGGGCCGGACCUUGUACGUUAUGUCCCUGACCCUUUGCCGCUUCCUAGCUUGGAACUAUUUUGCACAGUUUCAGUUGGAGAUCCUGCAGCUGACCCGCCACCCCGAGAACUGGACCCUGCAAGCCCGCUGGCGCCUAGUAGGUCUGCCCAUACACAUGCUCUUCCUGCGCUUCUACAGGCGCGACAAAGAGGAGCUUUACCGGACCUUUGACGCCUAUUCCACGUUCUACCUGAAUUCCAGUGGCCUCAUUUGUCGCCAUCACCUAGACAAGCUGAUGCCUUCGCACUCACCGUCAUCACCUGUCAAGAAGCUGCUGGUGGGAGCUCUGGUGGCCCUGGGGCUGUCAGAACCAGAGCCCGACUUACACCUGUGUUCCAAGGCCUGACCCAGACUCCAGGGAGGGCAGCACUGAUGACUUUGCUACGCACAAAAGGAGGUGACAGUGGGCAAGGACGG